AUGUUCAAAUUGGUGGUGUUGUCUGCUCUUCUUGCCAUAGCUGCUGCUCGUCCCGGUCAUCUGUAUGAAUCGCCGCUGGUCUACUCCGCUCCAGCUACAACAAUUGUCCAGGAGCCAGUGCUAGCCAAAGUGGGCGCCGUUGUAAGCAGCGUGCCCAGCUCUGUUUCCCAUCAAAGCCAAUCGGUGGUGCAUAGCCACGCCCACUAUGCUCAGGAUAUUGUAGCGCCUGUCGUCAAAUCAACGCCUGUGGUGAGCUAUGCUGCAGCUGCUCCAGUGUAUACCACUUAUGCUGCUGCUGCUCCAGUGCUGCAUCAUAGCUAUGCCGCUGCUCCAGUUGUCUACAAUGCGGGCUGGUAAAUGAUCGAGGAUGAGCAGCUGGA